AUGGAAGCCAAUGCUGCUGGCUGUCCGGCUGGUGCCGACAAUCGCUUUGGCCCUCGUGUGGAUCCUUCCUGUAGAUCAUUCGACUUCACCUUGCUGUUUGAGGAUGCAAUCUUCACUGCGCUCCCUGCGGCUCUGUUUCUUCUGCUCAUACCAAUCCAGCUAUGGCGAAUAUCACGAACCACGAUCAAAAUUGAUUCGUAUAUCCUCGCAACCUGGAAGCUCGUUCUUCUAGGUAUCCUCUUUUCGCUCACUACAUCGUUGAGUCUCGCAUCAGGAGUGCUCGCCACAGCGGCAGUGCUUGCUGCCAGCGUCCUAUCGUUUCUCAAAGAUCAGCGCUCUACACGCCCGUCGGACAUUCUUGUUCUCUACUUCUCUGCUUGCACACUUCUCGCGAUCCCCCAGCUACGAACGCUAUGGCUCAUGCCGUCCAACAGCGUGCUCAAGGCAACCUUGACCGUCAAAUUCAUCGCUACAGUUGCUGUCGUUGUCGCAGAGUCAAGCCGGAAAAAUAAAUUCCUAAGCCAACCCUACAAGAAGCUACCGACAGAGGAAACUGUUAGCUUCUGGAGCCGAGGUCUGUUUGUAUGGAUACUGCCCUUCUUCAAAUUAGGCUACUCCAAACAUCUCGUUCUCCACGACAUUUCCGCAAUAGGCUCAGGGCUAGGAGGGGCGCCUUCUCGGACAAAGCUUCAAAGAUCUUGGAAUCGGGUAACAGGACACCACCUGCUUCUUCGAGCAACUUUUCGAGCAAAUAUUGCCCCGCUCGUGUCGGGUGUUAUCCCUCGUCUCACACUAAGUUGCUUCUCCUUCACUCAGCCAUUUCUUAUUUCCACGUCGGUGUCAAAUCUGCAGCUUCGGGAAUCUGACGAUCGUUCUCGCUACGGCCGUGCCCUUGUCAGUGCCUUUGUUCUGACGUACAUAGGCAUCGCGGUAUCACGAGCCUUGUACCAGAGGCAAACGUAUCGCAUGAUUGCCAAGAUACAUACAACUGCCCUUCGAUACGCUGAUAUUAAAGAUUCAGCAGCUGUCACCUUAAUGGGCACUGACGUCGAGAGAAUCCACGAGUCAUUGAUGCAAGUUCACGAGAUUUGGGCUUCGACCAUUGAAAUUAUAAUCGCAGUGUGGCUUUUGGUGCGCCAAGUCUCUUAUGCUGCGAUAGCUCCCUUGGCCAUCUGCCUAAUAUCGAUUGGUGGAGCGUCUCAAAUCGGUAACCGUUUCGGACCAGCAAUGGUUACUUGGAUACAGUGUGUACAGAAAAGAGUCGCAGUUACGGCGAGUUUCCUCAACGAUAUCAAGGCGGUGAAGAUGCUAGGCUUAUCUGAUGUCUUGUACGGUAUCACUGUCAAAUUGCGGAAGGACGAGCUUCAUGCCUCUGAGAGGUUUCGCAGGCUACUUGUCCUCCAAAUCCUCACAGGGAACGCUCCAACUCCUUUAGCACCAUUUGCUACCUUCGUUAUCUACGCCGUCAUUGCAAAAAUAAGGAAGGAUGAGACGUUGCUUGCUGCGCAGGCUUUUGCAUCUCUCUCCCUUCUCAGUCUUACUACCCAACCCCUUAUCCUUCUUUGUGAGGCGGUGCCUCGUAUCAUGCAAGCUGUUGCUUGUUUCCGACGUAUUGAAGAGUAUUGCGCAAAAGUGAAGGAGGAUACGCUACCUUCUGGCGGAUUUCAGGGAGCCACAGGUCACGGAAUGGAGAUGGAACGCAGAGACACACUGACAAACUCAGCUGGCGGUCUUGUUUCCUUCGAAGGCGCAUGCAUUUCCUGGAGUACGCUAGAGGAGAAGAAUGUUUUGCACAACCUCAACCUCAAGAUACGCCUUGGGUUCACUGCUAUAGUUGGUCCUAUUGUAGCCGGUAAGUCGACAUUGCUGGCAAGCAUAAUUGGACAAACAAUCGUAAGGGAAGGCUAUGUGUCGCAAGUCUCUUCGAAAGUUGCGUUUUGUUCACAGACUCCAUGGAUAGUUGAUGACACUGUACGACGCAGCAUCAUUGGAGACCAGGAUAUUGAUGAGAAAUGGUACGAUUUCGCAAUCACUUCCUCUUACCUAAAAAAGGACUUGAUGAGGCUGCCUUUGGGAGACGAAUUUUGUUGUGGCAGUAAGGGGGUCUCUUUAAGUGGUGGACAGCGCCAAAGGCUGCCCAAGCUCCCUGUCGUCAUUUUAGAUGAUAUUAUGAGCGGGUUUGAUUCGCAGACGACUGUCAAUAUAUUUGCAAGUCUUUUUAGCAAGACUGACUACUUCCGAAAGGCAAGGAUAUCUGUUAUCCUUGCUACGCAUAGCCAGCGUAUUCUUCCUUAUAUGGAUUCAGUCGUUGUACUUGAUAACGGUCGUGUCGCCGAAGCUGACUCUUACGAACACGUCAAACUUCGCCCUAGAACGCUUUUGGAGGCAGCGAUAGUUGACCAAGAUUCUGAACACAUUGAUGAGGAGGAACCAAAUGGCGGUGGGGCCAUUCCGUCCCUCGAUGAAGACCAAAAGACCGCCCUAGAGCAGGACUCAUUGCAUAGUAGAACGGGGAGCUGGUCUGUAUAUUCCUAUUACUGCCGAAGUGUUGGUGCCGUGUCUUUGGUUCUUUGGGUAAUUUUUACCUUCGUUGGCGCUAUUACGGCGAGCUAUACCGCAAUAUGGAUUCAGCAGUGGACAAACGCAAACGAAGAGCAUCCCAAUGAGAAGACAGGCCUAUAUCUGGGAGUCUAUGCGUUGCUAGUGGUCUUGUCUAUUGGUGGUACUGCGGGAGAGUGCUGGGCUCCAUAUCACUUUUUCCACACAACGAAUACGGGUUCAAUCACGAACAGAUUUAGUCAAGAUAUGGACCUCAUUGACAUGGCUCUCCCGGUCAACGCAAUCACAUUCACGACAGCCGCCGCUUCAUGUCUAGUCCAACUGGUUAUCAUUUGUAUCGUAGGCAAAUACCUCGCAGCCACCAUUCCCGCCCUCGUUUUGGUUCUAUUCGCAGUUCAACAAUACUACCUACGCACCUCACGACAGCUUCAUCUCAUGGACACCGAAGCAAAAGCGCCCAUUUACAAACUCUUCCUCGAGACCAUUGAGGGUGUCGCAACCAUUCGAGCGUUUGGGUGGAGCGCUGCGUUCCACAAGAGACAAUAUGCGGUUUUGAACGAUUCACAGAAACCACUUUACAUGCUUGCCUCUAUCCAGCAAUGGCUCGCUCUGGUUCUUGAUCUCAUUGUUGGCGGUCUGGCUGUUGUGAUUAUAGCAUCGGCUACAUCCACCGCCAGCUCUGUUUCUGCGGGAGCUCUUGGUGUAGCUCUCGUCCUGGUGCUGCAGUUCAGUUCUUUGCUGACGCAAUGCGUCCAGAGCUGGACCAAGCCAGAGACGUCAAUCGGCGCCGUGGCUCGCGUUCAAGAAUUCAUUAAGAAUACGCCCUCUAAAGCUCCUGGCACUUUAUCUUUACCUAUAAACUUCCCUCAACGAGGAGUUAUUCGUUGCGAUAGUCUAACAUCGAGCUAUAGCCCCUUUUCUGAUCCAGUCCUGGGAUAUAUUGAGUUGGGGUUUGCGCCAGGUGAGAAAAUUGCCUUAUGUGGACCAUCUGGAACCGGAAAGUCGUCUUUGAUUAUGUCGAUUUUGUUGAUGAUGGAUUUCAGAGAAGGAAGAGUUACUAUUGAUGACAUAGACAUCAGCAGGGUAGAAGAGAACAGUCUGCGCAUGCAGCUCAAUGUCGUGCCGCAAGAACCUUUCUUCUUGCUGGGGACUGUCAAGUUGAAUAUCGACCCAAAAGGAAAGUCAUCGAAUGAGUCCAUCAUGGCGGCACUGAGUCGAGUUGGGUUAUGGGACAAGAUUGACGGUAACGGGGGGUCAGAUGCAGACCUAGAUCCAUCGGAGCUGUCCUAUGGAGAAAAACAGCUACUAUGUCUUGCCAGGGCUUUAUUGGUUCCAAGCAAGAUCCUGAUCUUGGAUGAGGCAAUGAGCAGUGUCAACGAAAAGACAGAGGCAGAUAUCUUCAGCUAUAUUCAUAGUUACGACAAGGUGGUAGUUCUUCGAAACGGUAAGCUCGUUGAAUCCGGCACACCUGAGAGUCUUCUAGAGUCGGACUCGGCCUUCCGUGCGCUCUAUGAUGCACAGAAAGGAUAG